AUGAAGACUAUCAGCCAAUUAGAAAAGGACAAGAAUCUUAUGGACAAUAGUGCAAAUUAUGAACUUACUAAAACCCAUCAACAAAAAAGAAAAGCAAAACCAACAGUUACUAAUAGUCCUUUUACUCUACGAUUAGGAGGAGAAGAAAACAUUAAUAUAUUCGAUGUGGCUGCCGAUUAUAGCAUUCACUUUCCUCCUUAUCUUUGGAAUAAGCUAACUAGCGAACAGCAAAAAUUAGCCAAAAUAGUUGCUAACCCAGUCAGAGGAAAACAAGACCCAACUACUGAAAAAGAUAAUAAUGCUCUUCUUUAUGGUGCGGGAGGUACCGGAAAAACUUCCAUUGUCAGAAAACUAGCCUACAAUGCAAAUUGUUAUCCUUUGAUUGAAAUAAAAGGACCUUCGCUGACUCCUCGCAAGGAAGAUUAUUCUAAUGGAAUUGACCCUUUAAAUAAGUUUGUCUUUACUCUCUGUGACAUAGAAAAUACCUUGGAGGAUGAUUAUAAUUUCUCACGAGAAAGCAACAGCGAAGUUCGUUAUAUUUUCUUUGUCGAUGAAGCUGAUAAUGUUUGUUCUAAUACUGCUCUACCUACCGAAUAUACUAGACUAAUAUUUUUAAAGUCUUGUAUGGAAGGAAUCAGCAAGGAGUCACAAAGUCAAAAUCUCUGA